GCAGCCUCGUCAUAUAUCUCGCUGCUGUAACCCAAAUAAAACAACUUUAGUCGCCACUUAGUCCAGAAAAAGCGUUUACAUUCAUUCACUUCACCAACCCCGCUGCAGCGCUGAACACGCAUCAUCGAGGAAUAUUACGUCAUUAAAAGGCGCACACGGAAGUUAUCACACUGCACAGAAAGAGCGAGGAAUACGAGCAAAGAAAGAUGGCAGGCAGAGCUGCAAAGCAGGGCCGGUCAAAUCCCAACACUGCUAAUCCGGGCAAGAGGGGUCCUGUCGGGCAGGAUGAAGAGGAGCAGCCGCUGCAGGCAGUUCUGAUUGCUGACAGCUUCAACAGGAGGUUUUUCCCGAUCUCCAAGGACCAGCCUAGGGCUCUGCUUCCACUGGCCAACGUGGCGAUGAUCGACUACACCUUGGAGUUCCUCACAGCCGCCGGCGUCCAGGAAACCUUUAUCUUCCUCUGCUGGAUGUCCAAUAAAAUCAAAGAGCACCUCCAGAAAUCGAAGUGGUGCCGGCCCACCUCCUCUAACACUGUGCACAUCAUCACCUCAGAGCUGUACCGCUCCCUGGGGGAUGUGCUGCGGGACGUCGACGCCAAAACACUCGUCCGCUCUGACUUCCUCCUUGUCUGCGGGGAUGUCGUGUCCAACAUUGACAUCACGCCAGCCCUUCAGGAGCACAGGAACCGUCGCAAGAAGGAAAAAAACAUUUCCGUGAUGACCAUGAUUUUCAAAGAGUCCACUCCAGGCCACAGGUCUCGUUGUCAGGAGGAUGACAUCAUCGUUGCCAUAGAAAGCAAGACCAAUCGGGUUCUCCACUACCAGAAAACUCUUGGGCUGAAAAAACUCCAGUUCCCAAUGAAUAUUUUUCAUAAUGGAAGUAACGAGAUUGAAAUUCGCUACGACCUGCUCGACUGCCACAUUAGCAUCUGUUCACCGCAGGUUGCAGAGUUAUUCACAGACAAUUUCGACUACCAGACAAGAAAUGACUUUGUCCGGGGGCUUCUUGUUAAUGAAGAGAUUCUAGGGAACCAGAUCCACCUCCACGUGACGGGAGAGCAGUACGGCGCCAGGGUGUCUAACCUGCUCAUGUACGAUGCCGUCUCCUCGGAUGUCGUGCGCCGCUGGGUGUACCCUCUCACCCCGGAGAUGAACUUCACAGACGAGGAAGGGCAGGCCUGCACCCACUCCCGGCGCAAUGUGUACCGCGGGGCCGACGUCAGCCUGGGUCACGGCAGCCAGAUGGUGGAGAACGUGCUGAUUGGCCGGGGAACCAUCAUUGGCUCCAAUUGCCAAAUCUCCAACAGUGUCAUCGGCAACAACUGUACCAUCGGGGACAAUGUAAUCCUGGACAGGGCUUACAUCUGGAAUAAUGUGUGCAUCGCCAACAACUCUAACGUCACACAGUGCGUGCUUUGUGACCAUGUGGAGGUGAAGCAGGGGGUCACCCUGAAGCAGCACUGCGUCCUUGCAUUUAAUGUGGCAGUCGGGCCAAAUCUGACUCUCCCAGAAGGGACUGUAGUUUCAAUGCACCAUCCCGAUGAAGAGGACGAGGAUGACGACGAAGAUGAGUUCCUUAGUGAUGACGCUGGGGUCAACAAUGACCCGUUAAAAACAAAAACUAAAGGUUACAGUUCUGCUGAGGUGGGGUCGGAGGGCAAAGGUUACAUCUGGAGAACAGUCAAUGUGUCGGAGGCAGAAGAAGACGAGUUAUCGCAGGGUCUGUGGGGUCUGACAGUGAACCCAGACCCAGAGAGUGAGAGCGAAAGUGAAGUGAGCGAGGGCUCCCAGGAGCAGGACAGCAGGACCGCAUCUCCCGAGCUUGAUGAUAUCAACGUUUUCCAGGUGGAGGUGAUGGGGACGUUACAGAGGGGCAUGGAGGAGAGCAUUGGCUGUGACAAUCUAGUACUGGAGAUAAACUCCCUGAAGUACGCCUACAACAUCACUUUGAAGGAGGUGAUGCAGAUCCUCACUAAAGUGGUUUUGGAGUUUCCGAUACAGCAGCAAGGACAGGAACUGACAUCCUCUCAGUACAACCCCCUCCUCUUUCCUCUGUUGAAGAGAUGGACCCCUGUGUUUAAAAACUAUGUUAAGAGAGCACAGGACCACAUGGACUGCCUGGCUGCCAUUGAAGAGUUUUUCCUGGAGCGAGAUGCACUGUGGGCAGCUAUGGUCAAAGUCUUGAUGGCUUUCUACCAGCAGGAAAUUUUAGCAGAAGAAGCUAUCCUCCGAUGGUUUUCCCAGGGGGUGACAUCAGAUAAGAGCAAAUUGCUGCGCAAAAACCAGGGGAUCCAGAAAUUUAUCCAGUGGUUGGAAGAAGCAGAGGAUGAAUCUUCUGAAGAAGACGGAAAGUAAAAGCUUUUCUAAAGAGGGUGUAGGUGUUUCCCGGCGCUUAAAGGGACACCCUCCCAAUCUGUAGAUGCGUCUGACUAGCUCUUGAGAAGCUGUGAGCAUUUUACGAGGAGAUCCGACUCAGUUAAAGGAAUACUUGGUAUGUGGUGCUGAGCAGCAUCAUUCUCUGUGUACUGGACA